UCACUGGUCUCGACCAAUAUUCAAUAUCAGCACCCAUUCAAAUCGUCUCUCUCUCCACACGAAACUCUUUCAAUCAGUCAUCUGAGAAUCUGCCUGACAGCAUCCGCCCACCAAAUCUUUUUGCCCGUUCAUCGCAUAUCGUAAAGACAUUGUUUUCUCCCGCGUCUUGCUGACGACGCCCAUUCCUCCAACGUCGAACUUCAACAAGCCUACCUAGCCAAAGGACGUAACCCGUCAAAAUCAUUAUUGAUGUCGGUUGACCUUCGUACAAGCCUCAAUUGCCUUCGCCAUCCAUCAAGGUUUAUGCCCGUCUCGAGAACACAACUCUCGAGAGACCAUACGGGUGAUAGUAUACAGAAUUUAAAUUCGUGAAUAAGACAGGUUCUCCUGUCGAAAAUUGAAGCCCGUCAUGGAGCACGUAAGCAAAAGCGCCACCCUUGUCGAGCUCAAACGUUCUCUCGUGCCCCCGAAAUGGGAAGAUACCGUGCGUGUCAUUGGCAUGUCGGAGUGCAAGGAGGCCGGCCUCUCGCUGGCCCACGCCUUUGCUGCUGAUGAUCUUAGCCAGUAUCUCCUCGACGCCGACGAUAUGGCAAGCCUAUCGGCCGAGUCGAAGUGGAAGCUGCACGUCGACAUCAUGACCUACAUCGCAGCCGCCCACUGUCUCAACGGUAUUGUCACCACUAUUGGCUCGGACUACGAUGCUGUUGCUCUGUGGAUGCCUCCUGGAAAGGACACUGACGGAUGGUUGACCAUCCUCCGCAGUGGGUUGUGGCGACUCUAUUUCCAGCUAUCCGUGGAAGCUAGACGUCGGUACUACGACGAGCUAUUGCCUCUGCUGCAUGACACCAAGCUGGAGGUCAUGGGCGAGCGGGACAAUGAUUGCUACUACCUGGUCUACCUAGGGACCAAGCCCAACGCCCGGGGCAAGGGGUAUGCGAGAAAGCUGCUCAACGACAUGAUUGAGAGGGCCGACGCGGAAAACCGCGCCGUUUAUCUCGAGUCCAGCUCUCUGUCCAACAACGAGUACUAUCUCAAGUUUGGCUUCGAGUUCAAGCGCGAGAUCCGGAUGACGCGUGGAGACACACCCGUCAGCCUCUUCAUCAUGGUCCGCGAACCAUGCGCGCACAAGAUUGGGGGAGGCCAGACAUACUCAACCGUGGUCUCCAGCAACGUCAAGCUACAAAUCAAUGCCGUGAUAAAGGAGACGGUGCGGGUCUGAGUUGGCGGGUGCGCUGUCGAAGUUGUGAGCAACCCAUAUCCUUCCUUUCGACCUGGAAAUGGCGAUGUGAUGUGUGUUUUGUCCGUUCUGUUUACCGUAUCCGGAGGUGGUGUAGUGUUACUUGCCUCUCAUGUGUUGACGAUCCCUUCAUCUAUGGCGGCGGUCCUUGUGGGCAUUGCUUGCCACUUGUGUCUCAUGCUGACUACAGCUCGAGUUUCAACAUUGACCUGAAUGGGCGCGUCUGGUUCAACACCGGCGCUGAUGCAUGCGAAGCUUACUGUCCCUACCGCAGCGGCGAUGGAACGGUGCCUUUGUCAUUUUCUUUUUACGA